CUUUUUUGAUCGCAGUCACAGUUCCCAUGUUGUAAGGAAACGGUAAUGUGUGCAAGCUCUAUUGGGGUGCCAUCCAGAAUGUAUUUCAAAAUCUUUAUUUUCAUUUUAGUGGUAUUUCCUGGACUGUUAGCUCAAAGAGGAUGCUCCAGAGACAGAAUGCGACAGUGCCUGGAUGGGCUCAGGCGUAAUGUACAAAGAAGGAUUAAUGAUAUGAAUAGGAUGGAUAUGACUGCUCACUGCGCGAAUGUCAGGGACGAUUUCAACUGCCUGUUGCAAGAGACGAAAUGCUUGACAACAGAUUUAGAGAGAAACAGCAAUGGAGACGCUUUAAGGAAUGCUCUCAAGUACAUUAGAGACGGAUGUGAUACUCCAGGAAACACAUGGAGAGACAGUAGCUGUUUCGUCGGAGAAGGCAUGAAAACCUGCGAAAGCUCGUACCCACUCGGAGGCAUACAGUUUACAUCUUACAAUCCUGAAACAUGUAGAAAAUUCAACCUUUUCCAAGACUGUGUGAUGGACGUCGUGCGUAACCGUUGCCGUCCCGAUGACGACCGUCUAUUGGGACAAUACCUUGUGGACAACGGACACGAUCUGGCCUGGAAUUGCGGAGAAUCCACCUCAACUUCUGACGCGGAUCGCACACGUUACGAUAGGGAUCGAACUCGAGACGAUCGCGAUCGUUAUGAUGAUCGCUAUAAUGAUCGGUAUAACGAUAGGCGAGAUGACCGCUACAGAGACAGAGACAGGGACAGAACCCAAGAUUCUUGGAGAAGCAACUACGGGAAUGUGGAAAGAGGUGGAAACAGGGACAAUGAUAGAUAUUCAGACCGUUACUAUCCAGGCGGAAGCGGUGGAUAUGGAGGAAAUGCUUAUUCAGGAAGCAGUGGAGACAUCACUUGCUGCCGGAACGAGAGAUGUGACAGGAGUCGUCUUCAGCAGUGCAGGGAUUCGUUGACUCGCACCAUCGACAGCCGAAUGUCGGGAUACCAGGACUCUAAAACAUGCAGAUCAGCACGUGAUAACUUCAACUGCCUGCUGUGGCAGACUGCGAACUGUGUGAGUCGGGAAGAAAAGGACAGAGACAACGAUUUAUUUAGACGAGCAAGGGACUAUAUAUCCAGAAAUUGCGACACUUAUGGAAGAUGGUCUGAAAAUAGCUGUUUUAAAACAACGGAAAUGCAGAGAUGCGAAAACAGUCUUUCAAGUACUAGAGGAGGAGCGAACUACGAAGCUUGUAGAGCUUAUAACAGUUUCAAGGACUGUAUGACAGACGAGUUGAUGAGACGCUGUACUAGAGAAGACGAGCUAUACCAAGGAGCCUACUUGGUGGACAAGGCUCAGGAAAUGGCUUGGCAAUGUGUUACAGACAGUUAUAAUGGCAGGAAUCAGUACUCUACUUAUGACAGAAAUGACAGAAGAGACCAGUAUGGAGCCCCAUACAGUGGGUACGAGGAAAACCCUCCACACCUCGAAGACGAAGAUGCAAGAUGUUAUUCGAGAAUGGACCCCUACGCUAGACAAUGCAAGAAAACAUUAGAUGACAAACAAAGAGAUCUGUAUACUGAAGAAAACCUUGAUAGAAGAGAGAAAAUAGUUUGCUGCUCAGCUCGAGAAUACCGUUCUUGCCUGUAUGAUGCAACGAGACGCGUGUGCCUCUCGGAGCGCAGUCGUGUUGUGGACUCUCUGAUGGGAAGAUACCGUUUGGAUCUCAGCAAGAGUUCUUGCAGGCAACUCUAUGAUAGCGACUGCAAUGCUGGCAAUCCCACAUAUGCCUCCCUCUUGUUAAUAAGUGCGUGCCUGAUUGUUCUAUCUGCACUUUUUAGCGUCCGAUUCUAACAAAUGAAAACUGUAUAAUAAUAUAUAUUUCAGCCAUAUUAUGGAAUUUGUAGAGUCAACGCAUUUCUCGAAGCAUCCUUCAUUUUUAUGUGAUUUUUUUAGACAUCCACAUUUCAUCUAUUUUUAUGUGCAUUGUAAAUAUGUGACAAGUGGUACAGGGAAAAAUUACUGACUGGAAAUUUUUUAUUAAAUGCAUUUUUGAUAGGUAUGAGACAUUCGAAUUCACGAAUCGGAAACUCGCACUUUUGCUAUCCGUUCUUCAUUCGAGUGUUUCGGAUCGUCAUCUUUUAAAAAAAAAAAAAAAAAAAAAAAAAAAAAAAAAAAAAGGAAAGAUUCGUUUUAUUUAAUAUUCACCGCUAAAAUAAUACCGGAAAAAUUACUUUUACUGACUGUUCACUAAAAUCUUUGGAAGGGUUAGUUUUAUUGACUAUUUUUCGGGCAAAAAAUUGGACACAUAAAUUUACUGUUCCAGUGUUUCUCAAACUAAGGUACAUGUGCCACUCAUAGUAUAAUAUAUUAUUUUUUAUGCUGCAGUUUUCACCCAAAGAUAAAAUGUAUCAUGUGAUCCAAAUUACUGUCAUUUGAAAGACUUCGACAAUGUUUGAGAAAGAAAUCAAACUCUUAUUUGAUUUCUUUCUCAAACAUUGUCGAAGAGCUAUUUAAAGAUGUAAAUUUUUCUAAACCAGUCUGAAUGUGUUCAAGUCCGUCAAAUAAGUUACAUGGCGAGGGCAAACUUAACUACGUUUCAUGACAUGAAAAUUUCAAAUUGAUACUUGUUCAUUGUAUGUUUAUUUUCACUCACUUUUUAUAACUGGUGCUUGAUGCAGUUUUAUAGUGUAGAAAAAAAAAGGAAAGCAAUUUUGCAUACUUCAAGAAAAUGAACAAAUUAAAAUUAUAGUGAUUAAAAAUGUAACGGUUAUUAUAGAAAUUGACCAGAAAAUUGUUGCAUAUCAGAUUAACUGAUGUCAGAUAUUAUAUGAUUUAAAAAAUAAAUUGAAGGCAUUGUAACAAAAAUAUUUAUUACAGUUUAAAAUUGCAUCUUUAUUUGUUUUAAAACCUUGAAAGCUUUAACUGGAAUUUGGUACGGAAAUCAAUGCUACAACAUAUUACGUUUUUCUCAUUUGUUCAGAAUACUGCCUAUCCUUAAAAAGAGCAAAGAAUGUAGUUAAUAAGCUUUUGCUAUAUGCUUUAGCUUUACCAUAUCCUUUCAACAUACUACAUAUAAGUCAAGCUAAGUAUCGAUUGUUUGAAAUAACAGAUACCUAGUAAUUACAUAUUUGCUAGUUAUUUAAUUAAUUUUUUAUCUUAUUUUUAUUACCAUAAAUUACAAAUUACUGUUUAUAAAUGUAUUCCAUUUUAUGUACAUAUUAACAGUUCAUGGAUUAAAUUUGUCACAACUUUUGUCGCACCGUUUUGCUCAGUAUGAUCCAUGUUAUUGUUUUAUUACAUCAAUCAUUCCAGGAAUUAUUCUUAUUUAAAAAAAAUAUCAAAUUGUUUGUUCUAUAUAUUUUUAUAGUAAUAGUCAGGCUGCAGUUAUCCUCAGGUUAUGAAGUUUCUGUUUUGAUCAGUUGUACAAAAUAAUCAUUUACCAGUUCCCUUUUGCUCACACAAUCAAAUCGUUAACUAAAUAACUCUGUAAAUAAAAACAUCAGCUUAUUCAUAAUACCUUCGCAAAAACAACCAUUAUUUGCCAUGUUUUCAUAGAACCCUAAAACGAGAAAAACACAUUUAUGUCAAAGGAAUUAUUGUUGUUUUAUACACUAUAUCACAGAAUGUACAAGUUUAAAAAUAUGACUGUCAUUUUUGAUGUGUUUAUGAAAAUAAAGUGUAUGAGUAAUUUUUUAUGUUGAAUACUAUCAUUUGAAUUCAGAAUAUAUGCCACAUUUCAUCUUUAAAAUUUCAACUCAAUUAUAUGGAAAGAUGUGCGUACAAUAAAGAACGAAAAUGAUUCAUUAUGGGAAGCACGUGGUGUUUAGUAAAAAUGUAAUUUGUAUUUGUUGUUAGGUAUAAGAAAUUAAGUUGUGUGUUGAUUUUUUAAUUUUUUUCUGAUAUUGUUGAAUUGUUUAAAAGGUUAUCAAUAAAUAUUGUGAUUUAUAUUUUAA